UACAAAAUACAACUUAUUAUAUUAUGUAAUUAUGAAAUUAUUACUAUGAAAUUCAUAAUUAAGAGGAUAAAUAUGCUAUUUCUGAAUUUUGCCCUAUAUAUUUUUGUAUAUUCGAUCCCUACUCUGUCGGUUUCCCAACUUAUAAUUUCUAGUGGUUGAUAUUUACUUUGUGCAGUUUACUUCUUUUGAGUUACUCAUUCAGCUAAUGCUCAAGAUGCUUCAAUUAGGAUUUAAAAUUGAAGUCAAAAUGAAACUUCCCUUGAGUUACUCUUAUCAGGUUAAUGCUCAAGGUGCUUUAACUAGUAUUUAAAAUUAAAGUCAAAAAGAAACUUCUCUUGAGUUACUCCUAUUCAUUUAAUGCUCAAGUAUUUAAAAUGUCUUUCAAGAACACAUAUAAAUACCAAGCUGCAUUUGCUUUUAGCACUAUCACACUCCCAUUUUCCCCUCAUCCACUUAAUUAAUUUCCACACAUAAGAAGAAAAAGCAAACUAUGGCUCAAGACAAAUACUUUUCAUCGAUAACACUCACAUUUUUGUUUUUGAUUUCUCAUUUUUUGUUUAUUAUAGCAUACGAUUUGGAACCAAUUGUUGAUCCUAUUGUCGAUCCUCCGGUGGCCAAAACAUCUUACAUUGUUUUUACUAAGAAUCAUGAUUAUGUCAAAAUCUUAACCUCAGUAUUGGGAAGCGAGGAGGCAGCAAAACAAGCAAUAUUGUAUAAUUAUCAUGAAAUAGUAGGAUUUUCAGCUUUAUUAACUCCCGAAGAAGCUUCUCGUUUGUCAGAUCAAGAAGAUGUAUUACACGUCUAUGAAGACAGAUAUCUCGACUUAGAUAAGGGAUUGGAAGUUCAAAUCAACAAUUAACAAGGAGAAUUGUCAAAUGGUCAAUAAGCUCUUCAAAAGCUCAUAUAUUGUUACAAUCUUUUAGCCAUUCGCAAAAUAAAGAGGAAAUUAAUUGUCACUUUUGAAUCCUUUGAAAAGAUAUUAUUAUAUCUCAAAGAGAAAAAGAAUCAUAUUUU